CGGAGUCCCAAGUCGCGUUCACCACUUCUUGCAUGGGUGGUGAGGCCAAGCAAUGGGUGUUGGCCGAGGCCAAUGCCGCGGGAUUCGAAGACAUCGGCGAAUGGGCAAAGACACUGACUCUGAAACAGUUCUUGGUCAAAACCAAGGACCGUUUUCUCGACAAGACGACAACCGACAAGGCCUUUGACCAAUUGACAUCAAUCGGUCAAAAGCAUUGGACUUCGGUCGAGGCUUUGUCCCGCGAGGUCGAUCGAUUGUUGCAGGUUCCAGGGUUAAACCUGCAAGACAGCCAAGUGCUGUACAUUUAUUCCCGCGCGUUGCCUGAGCCCAUCCGGGAACACUUGGUCACCGAAGCGAAGUCCGGUAAGUACAACUAUAGGCAAUUUCGCGACCUUGCUCUGCAAAGGGAACAGAUGACUUCCCAAGUCAAGAAUUCCUAUGCAGCAGUAGUUAAGUCUGGAGGAGGAGGAGGAGAGAGACAGUACAAUGGGAAAAGAGUUAUCUGGCGACAAAAGCGCCAGGACCACACCCUUGUCGUCUUUGACGACGACACAGUGGAAAAGUGGCCGACAGAAGAGACUGAUAACAACAGUGACUCCGGGAAGGGGGAAGUCACUGCUGUUGUGGCCAAUAAGGGAGGGCCACCUAGAACUGGAACAGGGAAGAAUCAAAGAGCGUUUCCAUGGCACCCUGGCAUUGCCGACGGGAAGCCAUGGUUGGAAAUGGGGAUGACUCGUAAGACUUGGCAGGAGCGCAUGGACAAUGCGCAAUGUCUUAAGUGCGGCAUAUCGGGACAUAGAAACAAACCCUCACACGAGAAUCCACUUGGUCUUCUCAGACCAUUACCAAUUCCAAGCGAACUAGGUGAGUCUAUCUCCAUGGAUUUCAUGAGUCUCACCAAAAGUCGAAAUGGCAAUAGUCAAGUAAUGGUGAUUGUGGAUCAUUUCUCCAAGUACGCUAUGUUCAUUCCCUUACCCGCAGAAGCGAGACCUGAACUUGUGAUCCAGAAGUUUCAGAUGCGAUGGGUGACCAAGUAUGGUUUUCCUCUAUCCAUUGUAUCUGAUCGCGAUAGUAGGUUCACAAGUAUGUCAUGGCAAAAGCUGAUGGAGGCAUACAGUACACGUCUAACCAUGUCGUCAGGUCGACACCCUGAAACGAAUGGACAGAGUGAACAGAUGAACCGUUUGUGCCAACAGCUUCUGCGCAUGUAUGUGAGACCCGAUCAAAUAGAUGGGGAUGAGAAUUUACCUAAAAUAGCAAGUGCAUACAAUAGUAGUGUUCAUACCUCUACAGGGCGAACACCUAACGCAUUGCAUAAAGGGUGGAAACCCAAGCGUCCCAUUGAUGUGUUGACAAGAGACCAUUUCCUUAGGUUACCUCCAGGGACCCGAAAAUACGUAGUGUUGUUUCAAGAAGACAUUAAAAAGGUAAAAGAGAAUCUAAAGAAAGCUCAGGACCGGAUGAUUGAACAAGCUAAUAAGCAUCGCCGACCAUCAACGUUCAAGGAAGGCGAUCUUGUCUGGGUCAAGUCUAAAGAGUUUUCAUUAGAAGAAAACGUGUCUCAAAAACUUAUGUCUGUCUAUUUUGGACCUUGGGAAGUUCUGAAAGUAAUUGGGGAUGCAGAGGGACCGUCUUAUAGAAUUGAUAUUCCCCCUCACCUCAAGACCUAUUCUGUCUUUCAUGCGUCCAAGUUGCUACCUUAUAUAGAAGGAGAUGAAUUCCCCCAUAGACCAUCUAUGAUUCCGCCAGAUAUGGACGACGGAUAUGAAGUGGAUCGAAUCCUAGAACAUAGGUUCUUCUCUACAGGAGCACGUGGACGACCCCAGAAGCAAUUCAAGGCAAAACACCCAGAACUGGCUAUCCGAAUGUACAAGGAUCUUUCCCGGUGGGAUGAUGCAAUCCGGGUGGCUGAGGACUAUCUGCCAUCCAAACUCCCAGAGAUUCACGCAGAAGUGGCAGCAUCAAUGCGCAGUGAGAACAACGGCCAGGACACCACGGAGAGCAUUAUUGCACAUGCGAAGGCAUUUGAGCGGAGCCGUGAUUUUUCGCAUGCUAUAGAUGCAUACCUUCGAAUGACCAAAGAGAACACAGCGGAUGUGGACUAUUUGCAACACGUAUGGGACAUGGCAGUGAAACUAGCCAUGAACAAUGCACCUGAGAAGAUUCCAGAAGUGGUUGCUAUGGUCUCGAAGCGUCUGAUUGAUCUGGGGCAUUUUGUUCAGGCUGCUCAGCUCUACCAGAGCAUCGAUUCUCAUAGAGAGGUCCUGUUGACUUCGUACUUGAGAUGCUUUUCUCAGCCUCUCAGGAACCAGUUGGCAAAAGAGGCCAACAUCAAUAUGCACAACUUCCCUUCGUUUCGCAAGGUGGCCCUAGACCUAGAAGCAAGGAUAGGGCAUGGACAGGCACCCAGUACGGACGGGAGGAAGAAGACACUGCCUCCUAACUGGAAGGCGAAAGGUCGCUUGAUCUUUGUCGACAACGAUGGUUCAACCAUCGAGGUGGACAACAACUUCCAAGAGGGAGUAGGUUCAGAGGCAGGCAGCAUAGAUGCUUCAGAGGGUGGAGUAGUCGUUGCCGUAUCUCAAAAAGGGGUUGUUGAGAGGGAGGUCAUCCACGCGAUAGAGAUUAUCCCAAGGUCUAGUAUUCCGAAGGGUAGGAUCUAUCGGAUGUCUGUAGGCGAGCUUGAUGAGCUUCGCCUCCAACUCAAGGAACUCGUAGAGAAGGGUUGGAUCCGACCGAGUGUCUCUCCUUAUGGGUCUCCAGUUCUAUUCGUACCUAAGAAGAAGGAGGGUACUCUUAGGAUGUGCAUUGACUAUAGGGGCCUCAAUGCCAUCACUGUAAAGAAUAGAGAGCCCCUACCGCGCAUCGACGAUCUGCUAGAUAGAGUGCAAGGGUGUUGGUACUUCAGUAAGAUAGAUCUGAAGUCCGGGUACCAUCAGAUUGCAAUCCGGCCCGAGGACCAACACAAAACCACCUUUCAGACCAGGUACGGUCUGUACGAGUUUGUGGUGAUGCCUUUUGGCCUUUGCAAUGCUCCUGGCACCUUUCAGCACGCUAUGGAUCGGAUAUUCCAUGACUACUUAGACAAGUUUGUCACCGUGUACCUCGAUGACAUACUUAUUUUUAGUAAGACUGUCGAGGAACAUGUUGCACAUCUGGACAAAGUCCUCGGUCUCCUGCGACAGCACAAGUUCAAGAUCAACGGUGAGAAGUGCGAGUUUGGCCACACCCGUGUCUUGUACUUGGGUCAUGAGAUCUCCGCGGAAGGGUUGAACCCCGAUGACGCGAAGGUGGCUAGCAUUCGUGAUUGGCCACGUCCUCAGUCUGUGACUAAGAUGAGAUCUUUCUUAGGAAUGACAGGCUACUACAGAACUUUUGUAAAGAACUAUAGCAUAGUGGCCGCUCCUUUCACUGAUCUAACCGGCCUUGACACCCCGUGGGAGUGGACAGAUGAGUGCGAGGUUGCUUUCAGACAUCUGAAGCAUGCGUUGACGCACUACGAGGUCUUGAAACUUCCUGAUCCUGACAAGCCGUUUAUAGUCACCACGGAUGCCAGCCAAUAUGGCAUUGGCGCCGUGCUCGCGCAGCAGGAGGGGCCAAAGUUGAGGCCAGUCGAGUACAUGUCGAAAAAGAUGCCGUCUCAGAAGUUGGCAAAGUCCACCUACGAGAAGGAACUCUACGCAGUGUACAAGGCUCUGACCCAUUGGAGACACUAUCUCCUUGGGAGAUUCUUCAUCCUCAGGACUGAUCAUCAGACCCUGAGAUGGAUGAGAACUCAGCCCGUACUAUCUGACGUUCUGAAGAGUUGGAUCGAAGUCAUUGAGCAAUAUGACUUCGACCCCAUUAUUGGUCCCCCAAGAGGGAAGGGACCGGUCCCAUAUCUCGGAGAUGGCUACAGUCAUUUGGUUGGGACGGACUUUGCUAUGCAGGCUUUUCGGAAGCCUCUUUACGGAGAUCGCUUUCUGGAGGUUUCCUACAUCUACUCUGGUGGGAGAGGAUGGAUUGAGAUACUGAUUGGAGCUUCAGGUGACAUCACUCUUGCGGAGGAGCCUUAUCUCAGGAGUGUCGCAGACGAGGAGAUGGCGAGAUGCAUGGCCUAUAUCUGCAAGAUUGAUCCAGCAGCGCCUCUCGAUAUCAGCUAUGUGGUUCCAGAGUCUAUAGCCACGCGGGUUCUCAAUGACGAGGCGCCAGAUAUGGAGUCCUAGACGGCAGCACCUACUCACGAGGGGGUACCGCUUAUUAUCAUUGAUUGA